CCCUGGUCCGAAUCCUUCCAUGGAUCGUCGGCGACGGGAAAGGCAGCGAUACCGUGCACCAGCCACUCUCAGCUAGAGCACGCGGAUGGGGUCGCCCGCCGCGCGUGGGACGAGGGGUGACGGAGAUAGAGCGACGGAGAGGGCAAGUGAGAAACCAAGAUGGGGAUGGGCUUGCGCGUAGGAUCAUACCGCACCAACGGGGUCACCGGGGGGGGGGGAGGGGUGGACGCGAAGGAGCUUUUUUCAGACCGCGAUGUUGGGAAUUGCGCUGCCCAUCUCUCCGCGUAUAUACAGCCCAGAAGGCCCGAAUCCGUUAUGUCGGGAGAGCAUCUAUCUCGUCGAAUACUUUAAUCUUCUGCCCUUUUCCUUCGUUUCGUUUCUCCUCUCCUUUUUCCUCUUCACGCCACCACUUACUGGGCUCUGUGAUAGUCGAAUGCUCCGGUCAGCAUUCAGUCAUUCCUUUACUUCACAGCAGUAGCAGUAGUAGGCCAGAAAAAAAAAAGAGACCCCGGACGACGACGACAGACGGUAGGCCCAUAGCAGUUGAAUAGUGCCCGUCGCCAUCAAUCAUGUACUACCAAACGCUCGCCGCCCUGCUCGUCGGCUGCUCGUCGCUGCUGGCCUCAGUGACGGCCUCCCCCCUUUCCGCCCCCAUCUCCGACGAGAUCGCGCCCCGGCGUCUCCAGCCGCCUCACCGGCGCUCUCUCACGGCGGCGCCCCAGAAGCCUCGCGCCGCCCCGGUCCUCUCUGGCCCUGCCCCCAAGCCGCGCUCCAAGCGCCAUGUGAACUCGUACAUCAAGCGCGAUGCCAACACGACCUUCGACCUGGCCUUCGACGCGAGCGGCGUCCCGCUCUUCGACGGCGCGUGGCCGGUCUUGGGCCAGACCUUCUCGCUGUCGCUGGACUGCGCCGAGUGCCGGACCUUCGGCCAGCUCGUCGUCUCGGCCGACUUCCCCGAUGACUUCGACGACCUGCUCGGCGGCCUCAAGGACCUGAACCCCUUCAACGACAUCAACCUGUCGGUCGGCUUCGAAGGUGUCGGCGCUAUCCUGCGGCUAGGCGUGACCGCCGCUAGCGACGGUUUCUUCACCAUCCCCCUGUUCGCGUCCCAGACUCCCGUCGGUAUCAGUGGUCCCGGCUUCACCAUCGGCGUCACCUUCGGCGUGGACUUGAUCAUCGGCGUCAGCGCUGCGGUCACUACGGAAGGCGGUUUUGAAGUCGCCAUUCCGGAUGGCUCGCUCUUCAGCAUGCCCCUGGACACCUCCCUCGACAACAUCGGCAACUUCGAGGGCGCCACCACCACCCUCCUGCCGCUCACCGUCGACGCGCCGGCCGAGCUCAGCGUCACGCUGCGGCUCAAGGUGCAGGCCGGCCUCGACCUGCCGUCGAACCCGUUCUUCGACGCGACCGCGCUCGCCGGCGCCUUCAUGAACAUCCCCGAGGUCACGCUGUCGGAGCAGUUCUCGACCGUGCCGGACGAGACCAACUGCCUGCUUCCCGCCUCGGCCGCCAUCAACAUCAACGCGGGCGCCUUCGUCAACAUCGGCGCCGACAUCGCCAACAUCGACCUCUUCAGCUUCAACCCGACCGUCAGCACCACCUUCUUCAGCGCCACCGCCACCACCUGCUUCGUCUCCGCCGGCGAGGACCCGGCCACCGAGAUCGACGAGCUGCCCGAGCCCACCGGCACCGGCGGCCUGCUCACCGGCACCGCGGGCUACGCCGCCGCCGCCGCCGCCACCGGCUGCCCCGUCGAGCUCACCACCGAGACCAACACCGCGACCAGCACCUUCACCAUCACCAGCUGCGCCGCCGCCGUGGCCAACUGCCCGGACAGCCUGACGCAGGUCAUCGUCGUGACCGAGCCCGUGACCGCGACGACGACGCGCUGCCCCGUCAAGGUGACGGGCGCGCCCUUCGCCAACGCCACCGCGCACAACCCGGCCCCCGGCAGCCCCAUCACGCUCACCUCGCUGACCGCCCCCGUCACCGGCACCCUGUCCAUCGACCCGUCCGUCGUCAAGCCCGACGCGCCCUCCGUCACCGGCUCCGCGCGCUCCGCCGCCACCAGCACCAGCACCACCACCGCCACCACCAGCGUCACCUCCGCCGCGCCCGCCGUCUCCGCCGACGCCGCCGAGCCCCCCUUCCUCGUCACCGUCACCACCGUCUUCGUCACCCGCCGCGCCCUCGACCCCGCCGCCACCACCGUCUACGAGACCGUCACCGCCGACGGCACCACCCUCUGGAAGACCGUCACCGAGACCGUCGCCCCGCCCGCGCCGUAAAACGCGCGUGUGGCCCUCACGCCCUUCCCCUGCGCGCGCGCGCGCGCGCACGCGCUUCCGCAGACAACGCAUAGCUUUGCGAACGCCUCCCCCCCGCGGAGACGUAGCAAGGAAAGAAAGAAAGAAAAAAAAAAGUUUGCGGAUAGAAAAUAUGCGUCGCCAGGUCGGUGUGCCCGACCGCGAACCGUUAGCGAAUGCGUUUUUCCUGGUUUUGGGUUCCUGUUUAGAAAAAUGGGUGCUCGUUUUGGGUUUCGUGACCAUGUAUUGAUAGAUAUCAACGCCGCCGUGCCUUUGCUUGUAUAUACGUGUACAUAUUUAUAUAUAUUUUUAUUUAUUUCAC